AGCAUACCCCCUAUCUCUCCUUAUAUCUCUAUCUUCCUCACCAACUUCAUUCCUGCAUAUACUCAUUCAAUUCCCCAAUCCAAACCCAUAUGUAAAGACUGCUUCUUUCCUCCAUUCCCAGCACCACCCAUGAACCUAAAUUCUAUUUUACAUCUUCCCUUUUGAUCUCUAUAUAUGUUGCAUCCAUAUCGAUCCUCCCACAGCAGCUCCAGUUUAUAUAUAUUAGUACUGGUUUUGUGAAGUGCAAGCAAGAUGAGAGCAGGAGGUUGCACAGUGCAACAAGCUCUAACCCCAGAAGCUGCAAGCGUCGUCAAACAAGCUGUAACUCUUGCUAGACGGCGAGGCCAUGCGCAAGUCACUCCGCUCCAUGUGGCUAACACCAUGCUUGCAGCUUCCACAGGCCUACUCCGAACAGCUUGUCUCCAAUCCCAUUCUCAUCCGCUCCAGUGUAAAGCCCUAGAGCUCUGCUUCAAUGUUGCACUCAACCGUCUUCCCGCCUCAACAUCUGCCCCCAUCUUGGCUCCUCAUCAUUCCCAAUAUCCUUCCAUAUCUAACGCCUUGGUUGCCGCCUUCAAGCGCGCUCAGGCUCACCAGCGCCGCGGCUCCAUCGAGAACCAGCAGCAACCGCUUUUAACUGUGAAAAUAGAGUUAGAGCAGCUUAUAAUCUCCAUUCUAGACGAUCCUAGUGUUAGUCGAGUUAUGAGAGAAGCCGGUUUCUCCAGCACUCAAGUGAAAAGCAAUGUUGAGCAAGCCGUGUCUUUAGAGAUUUGUUCUCAGACUGCUCCUUCAGUUACUAGUCGUAAGACUAAAGAGAGCAACAGUGUUCAAGCAAAAGCAGUAUUAAGCAAACCAAAAGCAUCAGAUGAUUCUAUCGGAAACGAGGACAUUAGGCAUGUUAUAAACAGUUUGAUGAACAAAAGGAGGAGAAAUUUUGUGAUUGUAGGAGAGUGCCUUUCGACUAUUGAAGGUGUGAUUAGAGGAGUAGCAGAAAAAUUCGACAAAGGAGAUGUACCAGAGGGACUGAGAGAAGUAAAGUUUAUAACCUUAUCUUUAUCUUCUCUGGGUCAUCUAAGCAGAGCAGAGAUUGAGCAGAAGCUGCAGGAGCUAAAGAGCCUUGUUAGGGGGUUUUUGGGAAGAGAGAUAAUAUUAAACUUGGGAGAUCUUGCAUGGGCAACUGAGUACAGAGGUAGUUCAGGUAUUGAUGAGGAAGCAAGGGGAUAUUAUAGUCCUGUGGAGCAUAUGAUCAUGGAUCUUAGUAAAUUGGCGUGUGGCGUUGGUGAGACUGGAAGGUUUUGGCUCAUGGGAAUUGCUACUUUCCAAACUUAUAUGAGAUGCAAGUCUGGAUAUCCUUCACUGGAAGCUGUUUGGGGUCUCCAUCCUAUUACAAUUCCAGUAGGCAGCUUAAGCUUGAGUCUCAUCACCGACAGUGAGCUACAAAGUGAAUCCAGCAGGAAGAAAGGUGAAAAUGGAGUUGGAGAGGAGGAGACGCAGCUGAGUUGCUGUGCUGAUUGCUCAGCCAACUUCAAGAUGGAAGCUGAUCGAAGUUUGCAAAGCAGUGAUGACUCCACUUCAAACCUUCCUGCAUGGCUCCAAAAAUACAAAGAUGAGCAGAAAGCCGUUUGCAGCAGCAGAGAUAAGGACACUGUCCAAAUCAAGAACCUUUGCAAAAAGUGGAACUUAAUUUGCGAUUCCAUCCACAAGUCCCCUUACCCAUCUGAAAAAACCCUAACCUUUAAUCCUUCUGUAUCGCCCUCAUCAUCUUCAUCUGGUUUUUCAUACGACCAGCAAACCCUUAAUCUACACCACAUCAACCAUCAAUGGCCUGUCGAACCCAGUUUGAGAUUAUACACAACCGAUCAUCAUCAUCAUCAUUAUCAAAACCCUAACAAUCCCCAAACCCCAUUUUCAUCAAACCCUAACUCAGCUUCUUCCAGUGAUGUUAUGGAGAUGGAAUAUAUCCAGAGAUUCAAAGAGCCGAACAUUGAGAAUCUUACAACUUUAUGCACUGCAUUGGAGAGUAAGGUUCCGUGGCAGAAAGAUGUCAUUCCUGAAAUCGCCAGCACCAUCUUAAGAUGCCGGUCUGGUAUGGUGAGAAGGAAAGGGAAUAAAAUAAGAGAUAACCAUGGAGAGACUAAAGAAGAAACUUGGCUCUUCUUCCAAGGUGUUGAUGCGGAAGGUAAGGAAAAGAUUGCUAGAGAAUUAGCUAGGCUUGUUUUCGGGUCCCAAAACGCCAUCGUUUCGAUUGCGCUAAGCAGCUUCUCGUCCACACGAGCUGACUCCAUUGAAGACUGCAGAAACAAGAGGUCAAGAGAUGAGCAAAGUUGCAGUUACAUUGAAAGAUUUGCAGAAGCAGUGAGUAGCAACCCGCACAGGGUUUUCUUGGUUGAAGAUGUUGAGCAAGCGGAUUAUUGCUCUCAAAUUGGUUUCAAAAGAGCAAUUGAAAGAGGAAGAAUAAGCAGCAGUAAUGUCGGUGAGGUUUGCCUCGGGGACGCCAUUGUUAUUUUGAGCUGUGAAAGCUUUAGCUCGAGAUCAAGAGCCUGCUCCCCUCCUGUGAAGCAAAAAUCAGACGAGGAAGAAGAGAAAAUGGAUCAGCAGACUCUGUCGCUUGAUCUAAACAUUUCGAUUGAUGAUGAGAGUAUGGAUCAGGAUGUUGAAUCCAUUGACGAUAUUGGACUUCUUGAAUCUGUGGAUAGUUGUAUCGUUUUCAGAACUCAAGAGUUAUGAUA